UUGACCGGUAGGUUUCGAAGUUCUCCAUUCUCUUUUUCUUGUGAAACUUGUUUAAUCUACACUAUAGAAACCAGAAGAUGGAUGCUACAACCAUUACUGAGAACCACCCACAAACCAAAAUCUACGGCUCCGAUCAGCUCUCAACUAUUAGGGCGGUGAAGGGUUGUUUAGCUGAGAUAAUACGGUGUUUAGAUGAUGAGGGUAGUGUUGAAGUGGAAGAAGCACAAGACAGUGAACUAAUGGACAUUUAUGAAGAGUUAACUUCAAUUGCAAGUGUGGCAAAAUCAAAAGUGAAAGAGUUCAAAGAAAAGAAGAAGAAUGAGAGAAAGCAAUUAGAGAGCAGUACUAUAGUGAGCUUGACUGAGGAGAAUGGUGAUAUUAACAAUUUGUUAAGGGUUGCUUUGUUGGAGAAAGCGGCGGUGGAGAAUAAAGUGAAAGGGAAUACUGAGCAAAAGAGGAUGGCUUUGCUACAGAUUGCAGAGAUGGGAUUGCAGAGAGUAGGGUUUGGUUUUCUGAUGGGAAGUGGACGUACUGCGCUAUCAGGAGAGAGCUGGGGAGCUACCACCGCUCCGGCCAGCACUACUGCCAGUGUCAAAUCAGACGGGAGUGACUAUGAAGAGGAGGUUAUUAGUCUAGCCUCAACAGUUGAGAGAAUAAUGAAGAAUUUGCGACGUGAAAUCAAUCAAUUGAGAAGAUCCUUGGAAGAGUCUAGGUCAGAUGCUCAGCGACUACAGAGUCUAACAGAGAAACAAGCUCAGCAAAUUGCAGACAACAAAAUGUACAUUAAAGAAUUGGAAGAUAAAGAGACAGUGUUUGUUCAAAAUGUAGAUGAGCUUCUAAUAGUAAUAAAAGAAACUGAAGCAGAUGCUGCUCGAUGGAGAGAAGCCUGUGAAUUGGAAGUAGAAGCUGGAAAAUACCAGAUUCAAGAACUUGACAAACUGGUUGGCAUAAUGAAGCUAGAACUGGAAAAAACAAAGGCUGCAUUAGAGAUAUCAAAUGGAAAGUUAAAACUGAAAGAAGAACUGGCAAAUGCUGCAAUGGCUGCACAGGCAGCAGCAGAGAAAUCGCUGCAAUUGGCUGACAGCAGGAGUGUAGUACUCCAACAACGCGUCGAGGAACUAAGGAGACAACUAGAAGAAGCGGAGAGCAGAGAGCGUAGCCGGCGUAAAGUGAGGCAUAUAUGUUGUUGGCCAUGGAGAGCAAGAAUGGUACCAGAAAUGCAGCCCUUACUUCACCACAGCCUGUGACAUUUUCUCAUUGGAGAACCUAGAAAGAGUUCCUUUGUUUCAUUUCUUUCUGCCGUUUGUAUAGUUGAGCAACUAAUGUAAUGUGCAACAUGUAAUUAUGGAAAAUACUUGCCUGCGUUUCUAU